AUGGCGCAAUCAAGGUGCUACUAUGACCGUUAUGGUGUACGACGAUGCUAUCGCCAGUCCGCAUGGAACUCCUGGGUGCGAUGGGUCGUCCUCGCAGUCGUUGUAGUCGGAUUCCUGCUGCUCUUCUUCCUCUGCAGCUGCCUAACCGCUCGCCGCAGGCGCAAGGCCGGCCGCACGCCCUUCUACGGCACUGGCUGGGCGGCGCGACCAAUGAACGGCAACAACGCACAGCCCUACUACAACAAUAACUACCAGAACAACGCACCCGCUCCUCCUUACCCCGCCGCGACAAACAACAAUAACAACGGUUACUACGGUCAGCAGAACGGUGUCGAGCUCCAGAGCCCGCAGCCCACGUACGGUGGCAACCAGCAGUACGCUCCGCCUCCGGGCCCACCUCCGGGCAAGGACGGUGUUAUCCGAUAA